AGAAAGCUAACAUUUUAUCGAAAAUUUCAAGGGAAAAAGAAAUUACACGAUUUAAUCGUAAACUUUCUUUUGUUUCUAUUUCUAGCAACUAGUAAGAACAAUUUUUUUUCGAAAUGGAAGAUGAUUGGCAAAGAAUAGCUGAUGACAGCAUCAAACCAACACCAAUAGUUAUUCCAGCUGAUGUUAACAAGUGGGCAGGUGAAGACGAAGAAGAUGAUAUCAAAGAUAGCUGGGAUGCUGAAGAUGAUGAUGAAAAGAAAGAUGAAGAGAAAAAUGAUAAUGCACCACUAUCAAAGCCUAAGAAAAAACUCCAACAAAAGAUAUCAGAAAAAGAGAGACAAAAAUUAGAGCUUGAAGAAAAACGUCGGAAAGAAAAAGAAGAAGAAGAGUAUGCUAAAAUGACUCCUGAAGAACGUGAAGCCGAGAAAAGGCGAUUGCAGAAGCUUCAAGAAGAAGCUGACACGAGAACAGCUCUUGAUACGUUAGGUUUGUCAUCAUCAUCAAGUGCCACUAUCGACUCGUUCAAUCCUAAAACUAAGGAAGAUUUUAUGGAAUUUGCUGAAUUACUUAAUAGAAGAAUUCAAAUACAUAAGUUACACGAAGAAUAUGUUCCGUUCCUUGAUGAACUUGUGAAAGGAUUAUGCGCCGGAUUGCAAUCAACGAAUAUUAAAAAAAUUAAAACAACAGUAGAUAAUCUAUUCAUAGAAAAGCAGAAAAUUGAAAAGGGAGAUAAGCCGAAGAAAAAACCUGCGGCAAAAAUCAAAGCCAGGCUUCGAAUGGAAGGAGAUGAUGAUUUCAUGACUAGAGCUGGUGCUUAUGAAGCCGAUGAUUAUGACGACUUCAUGUAAAUAAAGCCUCUGCAUGUCAAGUGAUUUUCAUUGUUGAAGCUCAAAGUUAUCGUUCAGUACCAAUUUUCGGUAUAUUUUUAAUCAUGAUCAUCAGCAAUGAAAAUCACAUAAACACACACACAAAAUGGAACUCAACGAUCGCUUUGCUUCUGGUUUAAAGUCACACGUUAAAACUAAAUGAAAACUUCAUUUUACAAAAGAAAAAAAAUAUCUCUCAAUUUUUCAAUAAUUUCACAUAAAUUUGGUGGAGAUUUCACUUUAAUUAUUGAAAUUAAUAGAUAAAGUGAUAAUCCUACAUCUUAUUUUCAGCUGAAAACAUUUCAUUGUUGAUAUAUGAACAAUUUUGUUAAUAAAAAAAUAAAUAAAAGGAAUGGGAUGAAUUUUGAAGUCAAUGAAAA